AUGAAGCUAAUAUGUUUAGAGGACGAGUACAAAAAAAAUCCAGACAUAAAGCCACAAGACAUCGCCAACCUCCGGGAAUGGCUAAAAACUCAACCGCAUCUACCUGAGAAUUAUAUAACCGAUUUGGACUUAAUCCUCGUAUUUCACUGCUGCAACUGUAGCACAGGUUUUGCUAAACAAGUUCUAGACCUAAACCUAACCCUACACAGUCUCUUCAACAUCUUCAAAGAUCGUAAAGUUGAUGGCCACAUGGAACAAGUUGUAACUAACAUAUUACUUACUCCUUUAUCAAUGACCACCAAAGAAGGAUACAAGAUUUUCUUCUCUCACGUCAUGAACUCGGAUCUCAAAGUGUUCAAUUUCGGAGAAUGUGUAAAAGCAUUUCUAAUGACUUUGGAGAUAUGUCAGUUACAAGAAGGUACAUGGCCAGGAUUAUUACUAGUAAUUGACUUUGAUAGAGUUUCCCUUGGACAUUUUGCGAAAAUCGACUUAUAUAAUUUGCAACAAUUCUUAUAUUAUCUACAGGAAGCAAUAUUAGUAAAACUCCAAGGACUGCACUUUAUAAACGCUCCAUCUUUCAUCGACAAACUUCUGAUGAUGAUGAGACCGUUCAUGAAGAAGGAGCUAAUGGAGAUGCUUCACAUCCACACUGUGGGCUCUAAAACAUUAGAACAGUUUGUGCCAAUAGAAGCCUUGCCAAAGGAAUGUGGCGGAAAUGCUAUGAGUUUAGAAGAACACACAAAUGAGGUCAUAUCAAGACUAAGAAAUUAUAAGGAUUAUUUUGAGCAAGACAAGCACAGGAAAGUAACAGAGUCACUCAGACCGGGUAAGCCGAAAACCAUCACGGACAUCUUCGGUGGAGUCGAAGGAUCCUUUAAGAAAUUGGAAAUCGAU